UUUAUGGAAUACCUGAUGCCUAUGAAUAUAUUGAUAGAAAUCAACCCCUUCAUUUAGUAAUCAAUAUUGACGCGAGGCAAAAACCUGAUUCUUCUAAUCUUAAACUUCCUUCUCUAGAUAAUGAAAAAAUUAAUCAUGAGGAUUUGAUAUCUCGAAUUUUAGUCACUUGUGCAGAUGCAUUGAGUUUUAUACCGGGAUACAUGCCUUUCUUAAAUUCUUUUGCAUUAGCAAGUUCAUUGAAUACUAAUAAAUUCAGCUG